AUGCAGUCGACGACCUGCAUAGGUAUUGCUGCAGCCUCGGUGGCCGAAAGAGGGGGGCGAGGAGGAGGAGGAGCAGGUGCGGAGCCGGGAGCAAGGAAACAAAGCACCGGUCACAGAGGAGCUCAGAGCGGGGAAGAGAGACGAGAAGGGCUCGGUGUUCAGGAGUGGCCCGACGGAUCCAGAUAUGAAGGAGAAUUUGUGAACGGAUUGAAACACGGCAAAGGAAGGUACACCUGGAGAAAUGGAGAGUACUACGAGGGCUCUUUCUACAAAGACUACAGGCAUGGGGUUGGAGAGUACUGCUGGUCCACAGGCCACAAGUUCACUGGCAAGUUCUACCUCAACAGAAAAGAAGGAUACGGACAACAAGUGUUCCCUGAUGGAACCACCUUUCAGGUGAACUGGAUCGAUGCAUGGUGACAGAUAUUAGGAUAGUUUGGUUUGUUUUUUUUUAGUUUAGAAAUAUCAGCAAAUAACAAUGAACCUCCUCGCCCCCCUCAGGGUUUGUACCAUGCUGGCCAGAGGUUUGGUCCAGGAGUGGCUAGUUAUCCAGAUGGGUGUCAGGAUGUGGGUCUGUGGGUCAGGGAGCGCCUGCUAAGGCUCUGCACCACUGUAGAAGAGGGCUUUAGCCUGAAGAACUUUCCUGAAUAUGCUGUCUACGUGGACCCAGCUGCCACCACAGAGUCCCAAACUCAGGUGCAUAUAGACAGAGAUCUGAUGCCAGAUGAGAAAUUUAUUUAUCCACCUGGCAUGGAGAGUUACUCAACAGAUGGCGACCACUUGCCGCUGCCCCCCGGCCGAAGAAGAGAGUUGGAUCAGCACUUUUAUGGCGAGUUGUGGGAGCCAGACGAUUAUCCGUACCAAGGCUACGAACGAGACCCACUCUCCAGAUUGCCCCUACAGGCGUGCAUGCAGGCUCACAUACACAAACACAGACUGCAGGCUGAAAGUGUGGGCUGGGAUGUGGCUGCUGUUCUCUCUCUGAAAAGGGAAAGUUUUGGUCCUAAAGGGCCUUUGGAAGUCAGGUCAGAGCAGCUGAUCCAGUGGGCCUCCCAAGGGGAACUGCAGACUGUUUCUCAGAUCCUCCGGACUGGUUUGGUCCACCCUGAUGUAGCAGAUUCACAGGGACACACUGCACUGAUUGCUGCCACAGUAAACUGCCAUAAUGAUGUGAUCCAUCUGUUGUUGGAUAUGGGUGUUGAUAUCAACAAGCUGAACUGUGAAGGCAUGUCUGCCCUGGCUGUGUGUCAUGUCCUCUACUACCCUUUUCACUGUCUGCACACCACUUGGGCUGAAACCCCUGCAAAAACUCAAGUUCUGAGGUCUCCCUCUGCAUGUGGCGGCAGUCCCCAGAUCAGCCAAAUGGGCUUCACUACAGACACAUCUGGGCUUCACAACAGACCUCAGACCACUAACACAACCCUGAGCUAUCAAACCAGCCAGAGCCACCUCUCUGACCAGACAGCAGAAGAACUAAUGGAGCACGUGUCAUAUCAGAGCAGUAAAGUGUCCAAUCACAGUGAGCUCAUCACUGAGCACUGGCCUGGCUUAAAUGAACCUGAGACCCCCGCAGACACUGAACACCUGCAGGAGGCGAGACAGGAAGACAGCAAGGAGACAGAGAGAGAGGGAGAGGUUCCAGAGAGAAGGGAAAACAGCCAUAGGCAGGAUGAGAGAGAGAACAAAGGGGAGGAAAGAAAGAUUGUGGAAGAACUUGGUCAAACUUGGGAAAGUGAAAGUGAAGUAAAAGGCCGAGAAAUAGUUGUUGAGUCAAGAAAGGAAGGUGUGGAGUUGAGAGAGGAAGGUGUAGAGGAGAGAGUGAGACUUUUUAAUGAAGAGGAUAAAGAGAAGAGAGAAAGUGAGGAUGUGCCCAGGGUGGAGCGUUCCAUUCAGGUGUUCGAUGGUCACAUUGCGCUGGGCAGCGUGCAGUGGAAGGAAUGUCGAGCUAAGGCAGCAGCAAUGGUUCAGGGCAAAGACAGAGAACUGAACCAAAAGCAGACCUUUGACUCUGCUCGCUCUGUCAGCAGCUAUAACAUUCAGGUCACAGAGGAAGUGAUGCAGCGCUCAGCAGAAGCUCUGAGUCGCACAGGGAUUCCUCAAUGCUCUGACACACAGGAGACUGUACGCAAAAUGGCUGCCAUGAAAAUUGAACACCGUGUUCGUUUGAACACCCUGGAGCUGUUACUGGAACGGGGAGCUGACCCCAAUUUAUCCAAGGUUCCCAUGCCUGUCCUGUUUUUAGCAAUUAUGGCAGCGGACGCUGAGGCUGUCAGGAGACUGCUGCUGUGUGGAGCUCGUACUGACAUUCCCCUUCCACUUGAGGUGGGAAUUAAUAAGAAAGGCCUUUAUCCCCUGCAUGUAGCUGCAGCACUGCCAGGUUCAGCAGGUCCCAUAAUCACAGAGCUGCUGCUGCACGCUGUCACCGACCCAGAUGCACAGGCAUGCGACCAGGACGAGAUCUAUGAACGUGAUAGGAUUUUUAUGAAGGCUCGAGAACCACUGAGCACCGGUGAGAGGCCACAUCUCAAAGAAGGAGGCAGAACAGCCCUGCAUGUGGCCUGCCAGAGAGACAGUGACUACCAGAAUGCCAGUAAGGUGGUAGCCCUUCUGCUCUCCCACAGAGCCAGCACAGACCUCCUCUGGAGUGGACACUCACCUCUCUCCCUGGCUAUAGCAAGUGGCAAUGACUUGGCGGUGGAGGAGCUGUUGAAAGGAGGUGCAGAUCCUAACAUCCCACUGGGCUGUGGGGUGGGCAGUGCACUCUGUGCUCUUGCCAACAUCAACUACCACUUAGGCAACAGACCUAAGCUGCUGGACAUAUUAGCUAAGGCUGGUGCCAACAUCUUGAUGCCAGUUAUGGUGGGUGAUGUUGUGGGAACCGCAGUUGACUAUGCACACUACUCCUUUAAACAGGACUUACGUAUUGCCAACACUCCCUUCCAUGCUCUGAACUUGCGGGAAAGGGAAACAUUCAAAGCACGACGCCAGCUGCUGAGCAUGAUGGGAGAUCUGCUGAGACAGACUGCUGGCCAGAGGGAGACAGAGAAUUUAGAGGGAGAACAACUGCUCACACUAGAUGGUGCCAGUAGCACAGGGAACUUUGUGCACACAGGGUCAGGUGCCAUGUCCUCAAAUGGGCCCCUCCUCAGCUGUGAAGGUGAACACGUAACAGAAAAUCACAGGAAGCCAUUGUUUAAGUUCUGCUAUCACUGUGGUCGCUCUGCCUCUGUGAAGCUGACGGUUUGUAGUCGCUGCCGCAAAGUCUUCUACUGCUCCAGGGCCUGUAAACUGAAAGCGUGGGAUGAAAGACACAAGGAAGAGUGUGUCCGGGUGUCAGCAACUGCUGAUGGCCUCCAGAAGAGAGUUGUGUUAAAAUCCCAAAGAUGCCCCAGGCCCUUGACUGUCUCGUUGAAAUCCAAAACAGUUCCCAGGCCCUUGGGUGCAAAGUUGAAAUCUGAAAGAGUCCCCAAACCCCUGAGAAUGGCAGAGAAGGUCUUGGAGAGCCAAGUCAACCUGGAGGAAAACUACAGCUGCAACUGAUGGAUACUUCUAAUACUUCAUUUCUUUCUGUCGUAUCUUUAUAUUUUUGGCUGAAUUGUGAUGACAGUAUUUUGUGCCAUAAUAAUUUCUCUUUCUCAUAUUUUUACCUGUAGUUGUGCAAUAAUGUCUGUCCCUGUCUGUGCUACAGUCAAAUUUUACAAAGGCUUAAUGGUUGCAUUCAUAAAAUAAUUUAAAAAAAUAUAAAAAUUAUAUCAAUUACAAUUUUAUACAAAAUUAAUCCAGUAGGAACCAGCACCAGAUUUUGGCAGUUGUAUCACCAUUUCUGAUGCUAUUAUUAUUGUUGAUCUUCAUUUCUAUGAAAUGGUUGAUAAAAGUAUGACAAAAUAUGUGAACUCAAGUUCCACUUUCCCAGAACUUUCAAUUGCAUCUCGUAGUCUUCAUCAGAAAACAUAUUCUUGACCUUUGGAACAGCAGUUUGACACACAUAUAAAGUAGUAGUAUAGAAGGAGAAGUAUAGAGCAUAUCAUGGAAUUACUCAAGUAAAAUACCUCUCAAUUAUACUUGAGCACAGUACCUGAGUAAAUGUACUG